AUGGCAAAGUUGCUCCCUUCCAGCGCCGAGCUGCGAGGCAUUGAUAUGGACACCACCAAGUUUCCGCCACCAUCAGACUUGCCUCCAAACAUUUUUCUUCUGCAGCAUAAUGCGUUGAAGACGUUUUCAGAGGAGAUGCAUGGAUCAUUCGACAUGAUACACAUACGCUUGAUUGGCCUGGAAUGCGAAAGGAGGAUUGGGGAACUGUGGCGGCGAAUGCGUUCGCGCUCUUGCGCUCCGGGGGGUACAUCCACUGGGAAGAAGCCGGCGAUAUGUCCUGGAAGUGCGUCCCGCCUAGCCACGCUUUCGACGAGUGGUCUCGAAUCAGAAUGUUGUGGUCCAUGA